AGAAAAGACCUGCGUCGUGCGCCGCGCAAUCAUGGCAUCGCGGACGACGUCUCCAGCGUCCACUAGGCCGUUCCAAGCUCCAACCAACGGAAGGCAGGGCAUAGGCAUAGCCAUUCCACAACCAUCCCCAUCCCUGCAGACCUGUUGCAGCUUCCAUGCUUCGCUCUCAACUCUCAAGCAGGUGCAGCUCACUCUGGUUGUUCGUCGCAUAACAAGCUCGAUCGAGCUAGACAGAUGCCACUGUCAUGUAGUAGUGGUUUAGGUGCAAUCUAGCUAGCCAAUAGGUCCGAUCAUCGCCAUCCCCUGGUGGUUACUAGUACUGCACCGGUGCCAUCCGACGAGGAGAGGAUGAGGGCCCGCACGGCCAUUCUCCUCCUGAUGCUAAUCCUUGUCGUCCUCUUCCUCGCCGCGUCGACGUCGGCCGGCGACGUACCGGGGCGGCAGAAGCGACAGGCCCUGCUGCAGGAGAAGGCGACUCUGCUGGCCCUGAAGCAGGGGCUCAGGCUGCCAUCGGCAGCGGCCUUGGCGGACUGGAACGAGUCCAACGCCCACGUCUGCGGCUUCACCGGCGUCACCUGCGACUGGCGGCAAGGGCACGUUGUCGGGCUCUCUCUCGCCAACGUGGGCAUCGCCGGCGCCAUCCCACCGGUCAUUGGCGAGCUCUCGCACCUCCGGAUCCUCGACCUGUCCAACAACAAAAUAUCUGGCCAGGUACCGGCGUCCGUCGCCAACCUCACGCGGCUGGAGAGCCUCUUCUUGAACAACAACGAUAUCUCCGACACCAUCCCUUCGAUCUUCAGCAGCCUGUUACCACUCCGGAUGCUCCGGAACGUCGACGUCUCCUACAACCUCAUCUCCGGUGACAUCCCGCUGGCCCUCGGCAGCCUGAUUGGGGAGCAGCUCCAGAGCCUCAACGUCUCCGACAACAACAUCUCCGGCGCCAUUCCUCUGUCCAUCGGCAACCUGACUCGCCUCGAGUACCUGUACAUGCAGAACAACAACGUCUCUGGAGGGAUCCCUCUGGCCAUCUGCAACCUGACAAGCCUCCUGGAGCUUGAGAUGUCCGGCAACCAGCUGACGGGGCAGAUUCCAGCCGAGCUCUCCAACAUCCGGGACCUUGGCGCGAUUCACCUCCGCGGUAACCAACUCCACGGCGGAAUACCGCCUUCCCUCUCCGAGCUGACGGCCAUGUUCUAUCUCGGGCUCGAGCAAAACGACCUGUCCGGGACCAUCCCACCGGCUAUCUUGCUGAACUGCACACAGUUGGCCCUCCUCGACGUCGGCGACAACAAUCUUUCUGGCGAAAUCCCCCGCGCCAUCUCGAGCGCCCGCUGCCUGUUCGUCGUCAUCAAUCUCUACUCCAACAAUCUGAACGGGACGCUUCCACGGUGGCUCGCCAACUGCACCCAACUGAUGACGCUGGAUGUGGAGAACAACUUGCUGGACGACGAGCUGCCCACAAGUAUCAUCUCGGGCAAUCAGGAGCUCACGUACCUGCAUUUGUCGAACAACCGUUUCCUGAGCCACGACAACAACAGCAACCUGGAGCCGUUCUUCGUCGCGCUGUCCAACUGCACGCUCUUACAGGAGGUGGAGGCCGGCGCUGUGGGGAUGCGUGGGCAGCUGCCAUGGCGGCUGGGAUCGCUGCUCCCGAUGAACACGGGGCACCUCAACCUGGAGCUGAACGCCAUCGAGGGCCCAAUCCCGGCGUCUAUAGGGGACAUUAUCAACAUGAUGUGGUUGAACCUGUCGAGCAAUUUGCUGAACGGGACGAUCCCAACGUCCCUCUGCCGGCUAAAGAGACUGGAACGGCUCGUGCUGUCCAACAACGCCUUGACAGGCGAAAUUCCGGCGUGCAUUGGCGACGCCACGGGCCUCGGCGAGAUAGAUCUGUCGGGCAACGUGCUGUCAGGGGCCAUCCCCAGCAGCAUCAGGAGCCUUUCCGAGCUCCAGACUCUCACCCUGCAGAGAAACGAGCUGUCUGGCGCCAUACCUUCAAGCCUCGGCCGGUGCACCGCUCUGCUGGUCAUCGAUCUCUCCUGCAACAGCUUGACCGGGGUGAUACCAGAGGAGAUCACCGGCAUCGCCAUGAAGACACUGAACCUGUCGCGCAAUCAGCUUGGGGGCAAGCUGCCGGCCGGCCUCGGCAGCAUGCAGCAAGUGGAAAAGAUCGACCUGUCCUGGAACAACUUCAACGGCGAGAUCCUGCCCAGGCUCGGGGAGUGCAUUGCGUUGACGGUGCUCGACCUGUCACACAACUCGCUUGCCGGCGACCUCCCUCCGGAGCUCGGCGGCCUGAAGAACCUCGAGAGCCUCAACGUCUCGAACAACCACCUGAGCGGUGAGAUCCCCACUAGCCUGACCGACUGUUACAUGCUGAAAUACCUCAACCUGUCAUACAACGACUUCAGCGGCGUCGUCCCCACCACCGGCCCUUUCGUGAAUUUCAGCUGCCUCUCCUACCUCGGCAACCGUCGCCUCUCUGGUCCGGUGCUGAGGCGUUGCAGAGAGCGCCACCGCUCGUGGUACCAGUCCAGGAAGUUCUUAGUUGUCUUGUGUGUCUGCUCAGCGGUUCUGGCGUUCGCGCUGACGAUCCUCUGCGCCGUCAGCGUCCGUAAGAUCCGCGAGCGGGUCGCGUCAAUGCGGGAGGACAUGUUCAGGGGUCGCCGCGGCGGCGGCUCGUCGCCGGUGAUGAAGUACAAGUUCCCCCGGAUUACGUACAGGGAGCUGGUCGAGGCCACCGACGAGUUCAGCGAAGACCGGCUCGUUGGGACGGGCAGCUACGGGCGGGUGUACCGUGGCGCGCUGCGCGACGGUACCAUGGUCGCCGUGAAGGUGCUGCAGCUCCAGACGGGGAACUCGACCAAGAGCUUCAACCGCGAGUGCCAGGUCCUGAAGCGCAUCCGGCACCGGAACCUCAUGCGCAUCGUCACGGCGUGCAGCCUGCCGGACUUCAAGGCGCUGGUGCUGCCGUUCAUGGCCAACGGCAGCCUCGAGCGGUGCCUCUACGCGGGGCCGCCAGCGGAGCUGAGCCUUGUGCAGCGGGUCAACAUCUGCAGCGACAUCGCCGAGGGGAUGGCGUACCUGCACCACCACUCGCCGGUCAAGGUCAUCCACUGCGACCUCAAGCCGAGCAACGUCCUCAUCAACGACGACAUGACCGCGCUCGUCUCCGACUUCGGUAUCUCCCGGCUCGUCAUGAGCAUCGGCGGGGUGGCCAACGCCGCCGACGUCGGCGCCUCCACCGCGAACAUGCUGUGCGGAUCCAUCGGAUACAUCCCUCCAGAGUAUGGCUACGGCUCGAAUACGACGACGAAGGGCGACGUGUACAGCUUCGGCGUGCUGGUGCUGGAGAUGGUGACGAGGAGGAAGCCGACCGACGACAUGUUCGAGGCCGGACUGAGCCUGCACAAGUGGGUUAAGGCCCACUACCACGGCCGCGCCGACGCGGUGGUCGACCAGGCACUGGUGCGCAUGGUCCGGGACCAGACGCCCGAGGUCAGGAGGAUGUCGGACGUGGCCAUCGGCGAGCUGCUGGAGCUCGGCAUCCUCUGCAGCCAAGACCAGGCGUCCGCGCGGCCGACCAUGAUGGACGCAGCCGACGACCUGGACCGGCUCAAGCGGUACCUCGGCGGCGACACCACGGCCACCUUCGCGUCAUCGCUGGGAUUCUCCUCCACCACGCUGGAAGUGGAAGACAUAGAUUGAGCAGCUAUAGACUAAAGAUUUUGACGUGAUGCAUACAUACAUGCAUAGGCAUAGGCGAGCAUUCCUAAUCCUCCAUGACCUGAUUUUUAAACGGAUGCAUAAACUUAGGAUUAAUUCUUUGAAGGUGUCUGAUUGUUGUAAUAUAAGCCUUGGCCAUAGAUCUAUCUAUAUGCCACUAUAUAUGAUUUCUGUUUCUCUUUCUGAA